GUAUGGAAGCAGGUCAUGUGAUCAGAGGAUUAGUGAGAGGACAGCAGCGCUCAUGUACGGUCUGUGUGGAUGCUGUUGGGCUCUGAGGCCCCGCUACAAACGACUGGUCGACAACAUCUUCCCUGAAAACCCAGAGGAGGGUCUGGUGAAGGUGAACAUGGAGAAGUUGACGUUCUUCGCUCUGUCAGCUCCAGAGAAACUCGACCGAAUUGCUGCCUAUCUGAGUGAGAGACUGACCAGAGACCUGCACCGCCACCGAUACGGGUACGUGGUAAUCGCAGUAGAGGCUCUGGAGCAGCUCCUCUCGGCCUGUCACUGUCAGAGCAUCAACCUUUUAGUGGAGAGUUUUCUGAGCACGCUCCGUCUGCUGCUAGAGACAGAACGCCCCCACCUGCACAUGCUGGCUACUGAUGCUUUUGUGAAGUUUGCAAACAUCGAGGAGGACACUCCGUCGUACCAUCGCAGCUAUGACUUCUUUGUGUCCCGAUUCAGCCAAAUGUGUCACUGCCAGCAUCAAGACCUGGAGACACAGAACAAGAUCCGUGUGUCUGGUAUCAGAGGACUUCAGGGCGUGGUGAGGAAGACUGUGGACUGUGAGCUUCAUGUCAACAUCUGGGAGCCUCCUCACAUGGAGCAGAUCAUCCCCGCUCUGCUGGUUAACCUACAGCACAGUGGGUUUCCGGCUGAACAGACUGAAGUGUGUUUCAGAGAACUGUUAGGACGAGCGGCGUACGGACACAUCGCCAACACCAUUCGCCCUGUACUUAUGCACCUGGACAAUCACAGUCUGUGGGAAGGACGAGGCUUUGCUGUGCGAUGUUUUCAAAUCAUCAUGUACUCCAUACAGUCUCAGCACUCUCACCUGGUGGUGCAGCAGCUCCUGGGUCAUCUUGAUGCUAACAGUCGCUCUUCAGCUUCGAUCAGAGCCGGAAUCAUGGAGGUUCUGUCUGAGGCAGCGGUCAUAGGGGCCGCCGGGUCUAUAGGCCCCACAGUGUUAGAGGUCUUUAACACUCUUCUUCGGCAGCUGAGGCAGAGCGUGGACUAUGAGCUCACCGGUUUCUAUGACAACGCCGGCAAACACAAAACCAGCUCUGUGGAGGAGAGGACCCUCCAGGAUGCCGUCAUACGAACCAUUGGCUCGUUUGCCCACACGCUGCCCAUCUACCAGAGGUCAGAGGUCAUGCUCUUCAUCAUGGGAAAGAUCCCAGUGCCAGGGAUCUACCCAGACCUUGGCGCUCCUAAUGCUGGGUUUGAAGGAAGUCGUAUGAUCCAAGUGAUGCUCCUCAAGUCUCUGCUGCAGGUAUCAUGUCACUGUGAGAGUGCUAACCUCCUCACCGCUCUGCCCUGCUCGUUCUUGGAGCCGCUGCUUUGCUUCACUCUGAUGGAUGACCCUGAGAUCAGGCUCCUGGUGCUGUCCAUCCUCACAUCACUCAUAGACCGAAGACACAACAGAGACACACUACAGACCAGUGUCGAGAUUGACAUCUCGGUUUUGGAGCUGAGGGAGGAACACUGCUCCCGACAGGACAUUCUCUUCAUGAGGAAGAAUGCUCCGAGUUUGUACCGACAUGUUUUCCUGGCAUUUAAAGAGGAGAGCAAUGGGCGGGACCAUUACCACGCCCUCUUUAUCCUAUUGGCUGUUGUCCUCCUGGAAUUGGCCAAUGAGGAGGUGGUGGUGGACCUCAUACGAUUGGUCUUCGCUCUGCAGGAGCUGGCCAUGUCCAAUCAGGAGGGGUUAUCUGUGUUUAAUCGCUGCGGUAUCCAGGCGGUUUGUGCAGCGUUCCUCAGUCUGCUCUGUCAACUCGGUCCUCCUCCAAAUCUGAAGACAUACAUCACACAGGUGGUGGAGAGCUGCAGGACAAAGGCACCAUACCUGCUGCCAGAGUUCGUGUUCUCUGACUCCCCGGGUCUUCCAGAGGGUGAGUUGGAAGUGGAAACAUGCUGUCUCUUCGAUCAAUCAGGAAUCUCUGAGGCACUAACAGGAAGUAGCUACGGUGCUCACAGCGACAGAUUGAACUCGCCCUACAUCCCUCAGCUCUCAGAUGAAGACCGCCUCUCGAGGAGGAAGAGUGUGGGUGACGUCAUCUCUCUGCAAAUGGACCUAAACCCAGAGACCAGACAGGUCUCACUACAGAAACCUCAGACAGAGCAGAUCACUUUUGAGACUCUGAAGAACGCCAUCGAGGAUGCUGGGGGCGCAGAGGAGGAGCAGAAGAGGAGGAGAGAGGUCACUGAGAGGUUCCAGACUGCACCCUUUGAGGAGAUCGCUGCUCUCUGCGGGUCAAAGAGGCUGCUCCAGUCCGGCCUACAGCACGUGUUUGAGCUGAUCAUCAGACCUCCUCCAUCGCCAUCUGGGCCCUCUGCUCCAAAGUCCACCCCAGUCUAUGACAUCCAGUACCCUGACCUGUGUGUGUACUGAACCAGGACUAAAACAGGACUAAAACAUGACUAAAG